AGAUCCGGCUGGAUGUGGAUGCAGAACACACACACACUCCUGCUUUCUUUUUUUAAAACUACUGCAUGUGUGUGUGUGUGUGUGUGUGUGUGUGUGUGUGUGUUUUUUGAAUGACACCUGAGCCGGGCAGGUAUUCAUCCGGGUUCCUGGGCGUGGGAAGCAGGAGGAAGCAGCUCGUUGGGAAUAUUGUUGAAGUGAAUAAACUUCAGUCUGCAGAAGCUGCUCGGCUCACACACUCCUCCUCUUCCUCACACCGGGAUGUACAUUUGGGAACUUUUUCUUUUCUUUAUUUUUUGUUUUUGACACACACAAGAGUUCAUUUUUUUUUCUUCUAACUUUUCACACAUUUUUUGGGGGAUUACAGAGAGAAAGCAGAGGAGAAAGCAGCUGCACGUCACAGGAGAGGAGAGGAGAGGAGAGGUGGUCCAUGUCAUCAAAGGUCAACAGGCCUGAGCACUGAACAGAAGAGUGAGGCGUUUGAUGUCCUCAGAGAUCAACAGGCCUGAACGCUGAACAGACACGAUGGAGCGGUGGUGGGCGUGGCAGUUCGCCCUAGUUGCCCUGGCAACCAUUUGCAUCAUCCCCUCCCAAGGUAAAAACAAAGAGUUCUCCUCCAACAAACUGAUCAACAACGUGGUGACAGAUCCACGCUCGGGCCGGCUGUACGUCGGCGCUGUCAACUACCUCUACCAGCUGAACCAGGACCUGGAGGUCGAGUCCCGCACCGAGACCGGCCCCAAGAAGGACAACCGGCAUUGCACGCCGCCCGUCACGGACGCCUGCGAGGAGGCCGUGGACACGGACAACCACAACAAGCUGCUGCUGGUCCAGGAGGCCAAGGACGUGCUGGUGGUCUGCGGCAGCGUCUACAGGGGCAUCUGCUCGCUGAGGAACCUGAGCAACGUGGAUCAGCUGCUGUACUUCAGCGACACCAAAGGGGAGAAGUCGUACGUGGCGAGCGCCGAGGAGAGCGUCUCCGUGGUGGGAGUGAUGUCCUACUUCACCAAGGACGGAGCCAACUUCACCGUCUUCCUGGUUGGUAAAGGAUACGGCAGCCACGACAGCACCAAGCUCAUCUCCACUCGCAUCCUCCAGGACUACGGUGAUUGGGUGGUGUUCGACAGCAUCAUCGAGGCCUCGGCGGUGCAGGCCAACCCCUUCGUCCUGCGCUACCUCCACGAUUUCCGCUUCGCCUUCAAGGACGGCGGCUUUGUGUACUUCCUGUUCUCGCGGACGCUGGGCGUUCAGGACAACAAGAACUACACCUUCGUCUCCAGGAUGUGCGAGGACGACAAGGGUUACUACUCCUACACCGAGCUGCAGCUCAACUGUAGCCGCUCCAACAAGUACAACAAAGUGCAGGCUGCCUAUGUAGCAACACCAGGGGAAGUAUUGGCUCAGACUAUGAACGAUUCAGUUUCAGCCAACGACAAGGUGCUGUUUGUCACCUUCACUUCUGAUGAAGACCCAACUAUUUCAGCCAUGUGCAUGUACCCUCUUCACUCUAUUAAUAAGAGGCUGGUGGAGAUAAUAGGAGCCUGUUACAGCAACAACGGCAUCAUUAACGAGAAGGCUGCCGUCUACUCGCCUUACUCCUCCAAGUCUGAGGAGCUGUGCAGCAUCAGUGAUAAAAAGGACAUGGCCAGCCGAUUCAAGUGUGGAGAAGAGUUCCUGCCCUCCCCAUUGGCCAGCAAGGCCGAGUUCGCCUUAACAUCUGAUCCCUCAUUGGCCCGUAAGGGUCACAUGACCGCUGUGGCCGUGACCAUUGAAAUGGGCCACGCGGUGGCGUUCCUGGGCACCGCCACCGGAGAGGUGCUGAAGGUGCAUCUGUCGGCCCAGUCUGAGGUGUACGGGCGAGUGCAGGGCGACAUCAUUGGAGACAAGGUCAACAAGAACCUGCUGUUCGAUUCCAAACACGAACACCUGUACAUCACCACGGAGAAAAAGGUCACCAUGGUUCCAGUCCAGGCCUGCCACCUGAAGACGGACUGCCACUCCUGCGUCUCCAUGAAGGAUCCGUACUGUGGCUGGUGUGUCCUGGAGGGAAAGUGCACCAGGAAGAUGGAGUGCGACCGGUGGCAGGAGGACAAGAUCUGGCUUUGGUCGCCCAAUCAGACGUGUGUUCAGAUCCAGUCCUUCGACCCGCCGAACCUGAGCUGCAAGAAGACGCAGCAGGUGGAUAUCAACAUACCGUCCCUCCCCGCGCUGAGGAGUUCUGAUCGUCUGCAGUGUGUGUUCGGCUCCUUCAACAGCGAGGCGGCGAUGCACAUCACUGACGGUCGGGUGCAGGUCACCUGUUCGCUGCCGGACCCCGUGGAGAUCCCACCAACCCCAGACCAGCAGGACUACGUGUCCGUUCCAGUCAGGGUUCUGGUGAACCACAAAAUCAAAGUGACGUCCGGAGAGUAUCACUUCUACAACUGUGCUGCUACAGUCAGGAAGAACCAAAACACACCGUGUAUAGCGUGUGUGACCAGUGAAUGGGGCUGUCAGUGGAACGCUCAGGAACACAGCUGCAGUGACAACACCGAUGCUGUUGGUGGAGAACACAUAGUUAAACCACAAAAGGCUGACAGUUGUCCUCAGUUUGAGUCUCCGGAGCCGCUGUUAAUCCCCGUGGGCUUUCAGAUCCCCAUCAGCUUCCAGGGAAGAAACCUGAACUACUACAUGGGUCAGGGGUUUUCUAUCGGGACUGAGCUGAUGAAGGACACGGAGAUGACGGUGAAAGGGGAGGGGUCAAAGUUCAAAUUCAACGGUUAUGAGUUUGCCUAUGACAAGCAGCAGGAGGUGAACGUAUCCUUCCACAUCAAACAAAAAGACAGAGACACUGAGAGGAAGAUUGACAGCACCCUGACAGUGGUGCUGUAUAACUGCUCGGUGGGAAGAGAAGACUGCAGUCUGUGUAAACACGCUGAAGCCCGGUACCAGUGUGUCUGGUGCUCCUCUGAACGGAGCUGCGUUUACCGGGAGCUGUGCCGGUCGCCUCAGACGCCUCAGUGCCCCGACCCCGAGAUCACAGACAUCAUCCCUCGCUUCGGCCCUCUGAACGGUCGGAUCUCGGUGACCAUCAAAGGCUCCAACAUGGGAAUCAAGAGUGAGGACAUCAAGAAGAUCACGGUGGCCGGCGUGGACUGUUUCCACCAGCAGGACAGAUACUCCGUCUCCACCAGUGUGGUUUGUGAGAUCGGACCGGCGAAGCGACAUCCACCAGUCGACAUCCCGCUUGAACCGUCUAACAACGGAGCGGUGGAGAUAGAAGUAGAGGGAGGAAGAAAAGGGAAGUCUCAGGUCGUCUUCACCUACCGGGACCCCAAACCACUGUCAGUCCACCCAGCGAAGGGUCCAGCCGCCGGAGGAACCUUGAUCACCAUAGAGGGGAAUUACCUGGACACGGCAACCAAAGAGGACGUGUCCGUCAGUGUGGGGGGAGUGUCCUGUGAAAUCAUGGCGUUCGGCUCAAAGAUCACCUGUACGACUGGGAAGUACCGCGGCCAGAAGGUGCCCUCCGACCCGUUGGCGGUGACGUUGAAAUACGGUAAAAACACCACCAAGGAAGUCUCAGCUGCGUACCAGUACUCCGAAAACCCCAAGAUCACAGAUUAUAACCCCAGGGAGAGCUUCUUAUGUGGUGGUCGCCUGAUCGUGGUGGUGGGAAGCGGUUUUGAUCUGAUCCAGAGAGCCAGUUUGAAGGUCCAGCCCCUCCAAGACGAGUUUUCACAGAACACCACCCCCGUAGAGUUCGUCCAGGAGGCUCUGAGUAAGAACGACACCGUCCUCCAGUUCUACUCUCCUCCGGUGAACUGCUGCGUGGACACCCAGUCUCUCCAGACCGUCCUGCAGCUGGAUAACCUGACGGAGGACCUGAAGAGCUUCGUCUACCACCCGGACCCCACCUUCAACAAGCUGGACAAGAAAGUCAUCACCGAGACCAGCGUCAUCAUCGUGACCGGUCGAGGUUUCGCCAAAGCCAUGACGGCUAAAGAGGCCCAGGCGUUUGUUGGAGACGCCUCAUGUCACGUUAACAUUCUGCAGGAUGAUAAGUUGAUCCUGGAUGCUCCUUCAUCGCAGCCCAGAUCCAGAUCCAAACGCCAACGCAGAGACGCGACCAACGACCCGCUGGAGCUCGUGGUGAAGUUCGGUCACGGAGAGUGGAUGGUGGAUUCAGUGUACUAUGCCAGAAAAGACGACAUCCCUCUGGCUAUAAUCAUCCCGGCGGUCAUCGUACCGAUGCUGCUCUUCAUCGCCGUGUCCGUCUACUGCUACAGGAGGAAGAGUCAGCAGGCGGAACGAGAAUACGAGAAGGUGAAACACCAGCUGGAGAAUCUGGAGGAAAGUGUCCGAGAUCGCUGCAAGAAAGAGUUCACAGAUCUGAUGAUCGAAAUGGAGGACCACACCAGCGACCUGAGCGAGGCCCGGAUCCCCUUCCUGGACUACAAAACCUACACCGACCGGAACUUCUUCCUGCCCUCUAAAGACGGAGCCAACGACACCAUGAUCACGGGGAAAAUACAAAUCCCAGAAGCCCGCAAGGCCAUCGUGGCUCAGGCUCUAAACCAGUUCUCAAACCUGCUGAACAGCAAAACCUUUCUCAUCAAUUUCAUCCGCACGCUGGAGAGCCGUCCGGACUUUAACGCCCGAUCUCGCGGUUACUUCGCCUCCCUGCUGACGGUGGCGCUGCACGGCAAGCUGGAGUAUUACACCGACAUCAUGAGGACGCUGCUGCUGGAGCUGAUGGACGAACACGUGCAGAACAAGAACCCCAAACUCAUGCUCCGGAGGUCGGAGACGGUGGUGGAGAGGAUGCUCUGUAAUUGGAUGUCCAUCUGUAUCUAUCAGUUUCUCAGGGACACAGCAGGAGAACCUUUGUACAAACUGUUCAAGGCGUUGAAGCACCAGGUAGAGAAAGGACCGGUGGACGCCAUGAUGAAGAAAGCCAAGUACACACUGAACGACACGGGGCUGCUGGGAGACGACGUGGAGUACUCUGUACUGACUCUGCAGGUGUUGGUGCACGGUGAAGGGCCAGAUGUGACUCCAGUGAAGGUGUUGAACUGUGACAGCAUCUCACAGGUGAAAGAGAAGAUCAUCGAUCAGGUGUACAGGAACCUGCCGUACUCCCAGAGACCAGAGGUGGAGAGUGUUGCUUUGGAGUGGCGUCCCGGCUCCACGGGUCAGAUCCUGUCCGACCUCGACCUGACCUCCCAGAAAGAGGGGCGCUGGAAGAGACUCAACACGCUGGCUCAUUACAAUGUUCGAGAUAACGCCACGCUGGUUCUGUCCAGAGUUUUGCACUCGCAGUCUUUCCACCAGCACCAGGACAGCUAUGAAGAGAAAAACGCCCUGCUGGAGGACGACAACACCUUCCACCUGGUGCGUCCUGCUGAUGAGAUGGAUGAUGGGAAGUCAAAGCGAGGCAGCAUGAAGGACAAAGCGAUGACCAAAGCCAUCACUGAGAUCUACCUGACCCGGCUGCUGUCUGUCAAGGGCACUCUGCAGCAGUUUGUGGACGAUUUCUUCCGCAGUGUUUUGUGUUCGAGCUCCGUCGUUCCGCCGGCCGUCAAAUACUUCUUUGACUUCUUGGAUGAACAGGCACUGAGACACGACAACGUGGACGAGGAGACGCUGCACAUCUGGAAGACCAACAGUUUGCCUCUGCGGUUCUGGGUGAACAUCCUGAGGAACCCCCACUUCGUGUUCGACGUCCACGUGACGGAGGUGGUGGACGCGUCGCUGCACGUCAUCUCUCAGACCUUCAUGGACGCCUGCACCAAGACGGAACACAAACUCAGCAGAGAGUCUCCAAGCAACAAGCUGCUCUAUGCAAAAGAGAUUUCCACCUACAAGAAGAUGGUGGACGAUUACUACAAGGGCAUCAGACAGAUGGUUCCAGUCAGUGACCAGGACAUGAACACACACCUUGCUGAAGUGUCCAGGCAACACACAGACAAGCUGAACACCCAGUUGGCCUUACAUCAGCUGUACCAGUACGCCAGCAAGUACUACGAUGUGAUCAUCCAGUCGCUGGACGACGACCCAGCAGCCCAAAACAAACAGCUCACCCUCCGCCUCCAACAGAUCGCCGCCGCCCUUGAGAACAAGGUCACCGACCUUUGACCUCUGACCUCACGGAGGGGUCAGGGGGAGGAGCUAGCGGCUACUAAAGCACAGAAUGUGGUUUUCCAUUUAAGGACUCAAAGGAAGACGAGCUUGCAGACUCUAUCGAAUGUUUGAAGUGGGAGGGGCUAGUGGAGCUACAGGAAGCUGUUGACCAUAUAAGGACUGAAGUAGGGAGGACUAAUGGGACUCCAGGAGGGAUUAGGAAUGGUGAUUUUUGGAUAAAUGAAGUGUUAAAAUAUGCCCAGAGUGGUGGAAACUGUUGCACUGAUAUCUGCUGCAGUUGUGGGGCAUACCUCCAUUUGGCAUCCCAAAACAAAUACCAAGGAGGGAUUCAAAAUGGCGACCUUAAUAUGGUUGCAGAGUGGAGCUUUGUGAAAUCGAAGGGUUCUUUUUUUUAAUGGUAAGUGAGGCGUUUGAGCCGUGUGUUCUUCGGACCUAGAUGUCUCUGUGUUUGGCUUCUCUACACCACACAUUUUAAUUUUAAGAAGAAAAAAAGUGCCACACAAGGAAUGAAGAUUUUGGGAUAAUUGAAGAAAUGAGACAUUACCAAAUAUUUUUUUUUUUUUUUUUGCUACUCAGCCCUUUCUGGAAGUUUGGAUUGGAAGUAAAGCUGCUCCCGGACGAUUUGUGACCACUUUUUACUUUACACAUUACAGCAAAGCCUAUGACCUGUGGAUGUGAGGUGAUCUGAGUUCAGUUUUUCUGUCUCCACAUUAAAUGACCACCAGGAGAAUCUGAUCUCUUGUCAGCAACAGAGAACGGUUUUCAUCCUAAAGCGUGAAAACGCUUAUAAAAAUAAUCGACCAAUGAAAAAACCCACUACGGUACACACCACUGGCCAAUCAGGGGUCUUGGUUUUGGUUUGUAAAUUCAGGGUACGACGUCCAAAAAUGAAACCACAACAUUUUAACUUUCCUUAUAUCAUGGCCAAAUGUUGCUUUACAUAUCCGAUUAUGUGUUUCUAUGCUGAUAACACUGUGCUGGUGACUCACAUCACAGCAGAAUAAUUUAAUUCUGUUCAGUUUGUUUAGUAUUAUUCUUUGUAUGCAAUCUUUAAAGGGAUGGUUUUGAUUUUUUUAAAUGGGUUUGUAUGAGAUGCUUUUCCAUAGAUAGUGUUUUACUUACAGUAGACGGCACUCGGCAGGGCAGCAAAGCAAUUUACAACAGCGAAAUGUAUUUCAGCCACCAAAACAAAUAUUUUUACACUAUAUUUACAUACAUUUCGGUCAGAAAGCCCUUUCCAGCUGGGAACUGAAGAAGUUAUCUAUACUUUCUUCACAGCCACCAGACUCCAUUGGAAAAACCCAGUAUUUUUACAUCGCAGAAUUGUGACUCGAUCGGUUAGUUUGCCUGGAUUAUUGUGCGACUUUGGUUUAAAGUGUUUGUUUGGAUUCACCAAAGUCAUGUCUUCUGUCAGUAAGGACUAUGGAUAAAUACAUCAUACAACCCCAAUUCAAAACAUCCAAAUAUCCCUUUAAGCACAGGCUUUGCAUUUCCAUAUACAACGUGAACAUUAGCUUUUAAUAGACAUACAGUGCCAUUCAUUCUAUUCUUUGGUAAAGUGUUAAUCAGCGUGGUCCAUAGUGUCAUAUCUUGUGUGUAAGUGUGUGUUGCCACUUUGUUGCUAAAGGACCCGCUUGUUUUUACUUUGUGAAAAAAUCUUGACUGCUUAAUCAUGUGGUCUAUCAGCCAAACACUUUUAUUGUUAAGUGUGAUUUGUUUUUAUAAUCUUUAUGAUUUCACUUCUUUUGCAAUACUGUCUUCAUAUAUAUAAUGCUGCAUUUCUUUUCUGCACACAUAAGAAGAACUGACUUAAGUAUCUUAUAAAGACAGGGUAUCAGUAGGUCCUUCAAAAAGGCUUCAAAUAAAUCUAAAAUGAUGGCGGCGAAGUGUUAAAAUGUAUUAAAUCCAGUUAUUAUAGGUCUUAUUCCUCCAUCAUGCAUGGACAGUUUUCUUAGACCUGCAAGAUCUCUAAAAGCAUGCAACCAAGACACAGUUUGACUUCAGUUUUCUUGAUUUCCAGAGUGUCAGUGCUGCUUUACUGGUAGUCAAAGGUACGAACAUUUUAAACACACAGUCAAAAACAAUUAAUUCUCCUCCACCUUCUUCUGUGGAAGAUUUAAAAUGCAUUAAACAAAUCAAACAAAGAGAUAAAGUGAAAAAUACACAUGCAUUGUUAUAUAUUUGCAUUAAGUUUGCAUUUAUUUAGUAAUAAUUAAAUGGAAAACUUUAAAAACGCUUGUUAAGAGAACAAUCAUUUAGCUUUUUGCCUUUAUUAACUGAAUUAAUUGUUUCUCAUUUGACGUGAAUUUUCCAUGCCACAUUAAAAUCAAGUCACUUAAAGACUAAAGAAAAUUCUGAAUUGCAAAACACAAAUUUCAAUUUAUUCUUUUUUUGAUCUGACUUUAAUGCAAAAAAAGUAAUGUUUUAAUGGAAAUUCAUCUCACAAUGAAAAACAAUUCAGUUUUUGAACACAAUAACAACAAAUACUUUCCUUUUGAACAUGCCUUUUUUCAUACAUUAAAAUGAAAUACAUAUUAAUAUGUUUUAUUUUAAUGUAAUUUGUUGGAUUUGUUUAUUUUAAUGCAUUUUAAAUCUUCCAGAUUAUCCAACACAAAAAGAACCAAAAACAAAAUACACACUGCUGUCUCGUUUCCAGGUUUCCUCUCAUUCUACGUAAACAUGACAAAGUAAAUUUGUGCAAAUAAUUGUUUCACAGCGCCUGCAAAGACUUUCAUGUGCCUCCUGAUGAUUGCCUCCUUCUCCUUUUCUGCACAUUAAAUGUUUCAUAAUGUUCUCAA